UAAAGAAACCGUUAAGGAUAUUGAGAAGAAUGAAGAUGAGAAGCACGCACAUGAGUUAACAGAUCAACUUAACACCAACUUAAACAAAGAUUCAAAAGAAAAAAAGUUUGAUAAAAAUUGCUUUCAUGCAACUAAAAAUGAUCACAAAAACCAAUCGCAAAAACAUACGCUAAAUAAACACAUAAAAAAUGAUUUAUCAGUAAUAGAAUUAGUUGAAAAAAGUUGUUGUGAGAAAGUUAUGACGAGACAUCGUAAGGUAUUACACGACGAAGAUAAUACGCUAAAUACAUUCUCUAAAACUGAUUUGUCACAUGAAAAACUGAAUGAGAAAAAUUAUCGUGAAAUUUCAAAUAAAAUAAUAGAGGAAUAUGAACAAAAAGAUACGCUUGACAAACAAAUUAAAAGUAAAAACUCAGAAGUUAAUUUACGUAAGUGUACAAAAUUAAGUUACAAAGAUACAACUUUCAUUAAAGAUAAAAUAAGAAAAAAUGAGAGGUCUUACGAAAAAUCAUAUACUCGGAACUAUAGCGUGGCUAUGAAUUUUGCUCGAAACAAAGAGAAAACUGAAUCCGAAAAUCCUGCUGCUACAUUGAGUGCACAGAUAAUGAAUUUACCAUGCCAAGUCUUCAAAGACUCUUUAUCAUCGCACAAAACUGCACGCCCAGUAAACACAAAUAAAAUUAUUACAAAACAAGAUAUUUUAAAAAAAUUGAAGGAAGUAUACAAAGCUUGUAGUUGUAAAGUCUGCGAGUGCAUUGCCGGUUUUUCUGCUAACGAUGUAUUCACAGAUUAUACUUGUGGUUGUGAGUACACUGAACAGACACACAAUCUCCGGCGCGACAGUAAUCAAACUCUCCAUGAAUGCGAUCAAUUAGCGCCAUCUGGGUGCCCGUGUUACCGUUGUGAUAGAAAAGAUUGCAGAGGCAUAUGGAAAAAUAAAAUGGAAAUAACAGGCUGUGAUUGUAAACCUUGUGAUUGUGUUAAAAUCUCUAAAAGUUUUACAAGGAAAUGUGACUGCGAGCCCUGCCAAUGUGAAGAAUGUACACCUUUAAAUUUCCGUGUACCUCGCUCAGUUAUAGUGGCUCCUGUGCAGGGGAACUUUCAGCAAAACCUAUGCCAAUGUGCACCAUGUGAAUGUGUACAAUGCACUCAAAAUUAUGGAGCAAUGGUAUCAAGUUUAAUGCGUGAAGUGUCAACGGGUAUGGUGUCCCAAACGAAUUGUAAUUGCGAAAGUUGUGCCAGUAAUUCCUGUCAAUUUGAUGGUGUGAACUGUAGAUGCAAUACACAAAAUAGAAUUAUGAUAAAACCAAUUGAUAGAAGUGUUCGUGAUUUCGACCUCCGCAGUACUUUAAUAGCAGAGAAUAGUUUUAACCAAAAGCCAUCUAGCAAAUUUAAAAACUGUGACACAAUUGCUAUGUUUGCGUUUUCGAAAAAGUACUCAAAUACAUUAUUUAAUAAGUUUGGAGAUGAUUGUCACUGCAUGCACUGUGAAUGCAUCAUCUGUAAAGAAAAAGAAAUAACUGGAAACCCUAGCAAAGAUUCAUAUAAAGAUUUUCUGCUUGGCUUAUCGAAUAUAUCUGAUCAAACAUUUAAUGCAUGUAAAUGUAAGCAUUGUAAAUGUCAAGCAUGUUGCAAGAAUGAGGAAUUUGUAAGUGAUACAAUAAAAGCUUACAGAGCAGUAAACAAUUGCAGUUGUGAUAUUUGCGACUGCCUAACUUGUAAAGGGUUGAAAUACUCUUCUCUAGAUAAUGAUAUAAAACAUUUCAGUAAACUAAGUUUCAAAAAUCAACCACCUGAGUCCUUGACUUCAAACUGUAACGAUACAAAGGAUUUUGUCUAUCCGUUACGAAAGGGAAAGCUGCUUACACCAACUAUGUUUGAAGCUAAGAUACUUUCUUAUCCACAAUUGCAAUCAGUAAUACAUAUAAAGAAGAAGUCCAUGCCUAAUACGUUAAUUUCGCAGGAUAUCCAUCAGGGCGAUAACAGGUUGUGGUCGAUUCAAAACAAGAAUUUAUAUAUAAACAAAGCAGCUUUAACCCAUACGGAUAUUUGUACUAUUCCAGAAUUAGAAUUGAACAUUAAGCGCGAGGUACAAUCCGUAUCUUUGCAAACGAACGAAACUCGAGAAUAAACUGGAUUUGCCAUCGAACCAUGCAUGUAGAACAGCUACGUCACGGACCCAUAAACAAAAGUUGUUAGUGGACAAAGGGAUAAACUGCAAUAUUGGUCAAUGCAAGGAAGUAGUGAAUGAAGAAUAUAUGAAGAAGUUAAUGGAUUUUCUAUUAACGCGCACGGUGUAUAAAUCGGAGCUGACCAAAACGUUCAAUAAUCAACCAGAAAAUGUAUCUAGUUCACCUAAGAUACCUAACCCCGUAAAAUGCAGCUGCGAAGGUCUGAAAGCCAGCUUCUUGGAUUUGCGAAGAGUAUCAGACCAUACGGUGCUUGUGAGAUGGAGGACCCCGAGCGAGUUGGAACACGUUCAAGGUUAUGAGCUUCAAGUAGAUGGUCGUGCGGUGCAGAAGAUACUCAGCCCCAAAAGAUGUAUGGCGAUACUGACGUGCCUGCCCAACUGCGAGAAACUCCUGCUCACCAUCCGUACCCUCACCAUCACUGUCCUACCAUCCGGUCAUUACCCUGCUGCUACUGUUGUGUACUGCCCACGGGAAAAGCGUUCUAUCGGUCAUCCUCAUUGAGGAGCUGCGUAAAAGUUAGCCAAUAAUAAUAAUUGAAUUGACAACUCAGAAGAAUGGCCAAGAAACUCCACUGAAACUUUAGAUUACCGAAACUAACUUCUCAGGCAGGAACUAGUCUGAUGCCUAGAU